CCUCCCCACUCUCCCAUAAUGCAUGGUUCUCCUUACUUGGUAACUUCCCACUUCCCCUUAAUUGCAUGGUAGUCCUUUCUCCAUGGGAAGUGACUGCCCAUGUCUCCCAUGUUUUUCAACUCCCACUCUCUGAUGUAACUUCCCUUCCUCACCAUUAUAAAUAGGGGCUACCAUCGAGAGGGGAGGGGGCAUCUGAAAAUAAUCCUCUUAAGCAUCCUUGCUCAUACUCCACUUCAUUAGCCUACCAACAUUCCAAUAACAACACCCACUGCAUCUUUUUGUAUUCAUUCUGUAAUCACUAACUCCAUAUUCUCAUAUCCACGUUCUAACUUGAGCGUCGGAGGGGUUUUCCGGGAGAUCACCUCCGGACAAGGCUAACGUGUUGUUUUGCAGGAAUUCUAGUCACUUACUCCCACGAGUUGCUCCUCUUGAUCACACUUCUACCUAUCUUCAGGCGACAUGAUUCAUCGCCAAAACUCCGAUCAUUCGCGCAAGAAUUAGGGUGCGGCAAAGUGAAUGGACAUCAACUGGCGUCACAUCACUCGUUGGGAUGGUAGACUGGAGUUGCUGGCACAAGGUGCGCCGAUCGAUGUUCAUGGCGCACCUACUACACCAAACUACAUGUCGUGGUUCCUCUCCAUCACGCGCCGAUGGAUGACACCACGUGCCAUCUUCGCAGCAGCAGCACAUUACGCACCUGCUGCACCUACAAUGACCCAAUUUGCACAAGAGGCGACAGCAGUGAUGCGGUACAGACACAAGGAGCCGGUGAGGGAGAUUGCGCAUGGCAUGCUCGUCGGCUCGCAGUUCCAGCACUUCACACUGGAAGUCGCUGUAGAGUCCUCACCGACUACCACCCAUACGCACGUCUCAUCUUCUGCUUAUGACUAUCAUUUGGAAGAGAUGGACCAUUCAUACCCCGUUGACGUUGCAGGGACCUCGCAGGCUGGGCCAUUACAGCUAUCACAGUACCAGUCUCCUCCAUUGCCAGAGCAACACCCGAACGCCUCUUACUAUAGUAGAAGGCGUAGGAAACCAACUCAGUUGGAUAGGGUAGAUGAGGGUCGUGAGCGUUAACGUUUAACUUUUGUGUAUUUGGAUCGACUAUGUAUGUGUGUGUG